UGAAUCACAGCGACUCACAGUUGGUCGUUGAGCUGAAUCUUCGGACUGAAGUGUGAUUUUUACUUCGCUGAUUAAGAGGAGGAGUUUGUUUUGUCCUCUCCGGACCUGAGACCUGCAGCAGGACACCGCUCGGUCCAGAGUUUCAGUGUGUGUGUGUGUGUGUGUGUGUUGUGUUUUGUUUUGUUUUGUUUUGUUUUUUUGGAAACCCGCUGGUUGUGGGUCUGUGUCGGGGUCGUUGGGAGGAGCUGCAGUCCGAUGCAGGCAGGUGAUGGAUGUCAGCGGGGUUCAAGGUCGCAGCUGCAGAAAACGUCCUCCCUCUCUCUUCUCUCCUGAUGGCUGGUCCCUCAGAGGGAAGAAGAGGAAGCAGGCCAGCAGAGAUGCAGACUCCCUCAGUCUCUGCAGUCUGGACAUCAACGAGCCCAGCACCAAGCGCAGCAAACCUGUAUCCAGGGUGACAUCUCUGGCCAGUCUGCUGCCGCCUGUCAAGACCGCACCGCUGAAGAGGAUUGGUCAGACCCUGCAGCGCUCCAUCAGUUUUCGUAAUGAGAGUCGGAUGGAGAGAUCUGCUCCUCCUCGUCCUCCUCCUCCCUCCUCCUCAACACUGAAGACGCGAGUUAUCUCAGCGACCGUCUCCAACCCCUCCUCCUCCAUGACUGCGACACGGGUUUCCACAGCAGCAGCCCCAGCCGCCAAGCGGCGGGACAGCAAGCUCUGGAGCGAGACAUUUGAUGUACGACUGGGAGCAACACAACCUCUGAGCCCGAAGGAGAUAAAACGACAAGAGGCUAUAUUUGAGUUGGCUCAGGGUGAACAAGACUUGGUGGAGGAUCUCAAGUUGGCAAAGAAGGCCUACCAUGACCCGAUGCUGAAGCUAUCAAUCAUGACCGAGCAGGAACUGAACCAGAUCUUUGGUACUCUGGACUCGCUGAUACCCCUGCAUGAAGACCUGCUGAGUCGCCUCAGAGACGCCAGAAAACCUGACGGAUCCACAGAAAAUGUGGGACACAUCCUGACUGACUGGCUGCCCUGUCUCUCUGCCUACACACCGUACUGCAGUAACCAGGUGAAGGCCAAGCCCUUGUUGGACCAGAAGAAGCAGGAUCGCCGGGUCCAGGACUUCUUGCAGCGCUGCUUGCAGUCGCCCUUCAGCAGGAAGUUGGACCUGUGGAACUUUCUAGACAUCCCCCGCAGCCGACUGGUGAAAUACCCACUGCUGCUCAGGGAGAUCCUGAAGCACACGCCCAACGACCACCCGGACCGGCAGCACCUGGAUGAGGCGGUGCUGAUGGUCCAGAGCGUGGUGGCAGACAUCAACAGACGGACGGGAGAGUCGGAGUGUCAGUACUACAAGGAUCGUCUGUUGUACACGGAGGAUGGACAGAAGGAUGAACUCAUUGACCAGUCCAGGACCCUCAGCUGCCAUGGAGAACUAAAGAACAACAGAGGACUCAAGCUUCAUGUCUUUCUGUUCCAGGACGUCCUGGUCAUCACCAGGUCGGUCUCACUCAAUGACCAGCCAGUCAGCUAUCAGCUCUGCCGUCAGCCAAUCCCCAUCCGACAGCUGGACCUAGAGGACCUGUCGGACGGAGAGAUGAGAGUGGGCGGGUCCAUCAGAGGGGCCUUCAGCAACAACGAGCGGACAAAGAACUUCUUUCGGGUUUCGUUCCGCACUGGAGGUCAGCUGCAGAGUCACUGCUUCCAGGCCAGUGAUGCCUUCAACAAACAGCAAUGGAUCAACUGCAUCAGACAGGCCAAGGAGGCUGCAGCACUGACUGGAAACCAGCUACCAGAGACAGGACAGUGUCUGGAGACAGGGCUGGGUGGACAGAUAGGGCCGCUUGGUGGGACAGCACUGAGUUUACGAGGUGAUUCAGGGAUUGAAGAUGAAAAAGGGAUGUGGGGGGAGAUGGAGGCAGAGGUGGGUUUGGAGGGAAAGGAGGAUCUUAGUGGAGGUAAAGAUCUAAGUAAAGAGGCUGAGGUGGGUUUGACAGGAGAGAUGAAGACGGGCAAGGAGAUGGAGACAGGUUUGGCUGUGGAUGAUGAGACAGCUUUUGAAUUAGAUGGAGAAACAAGGAUGGACAGUGACAUGAGGCUGUUGAGCGGUGAGACAGAGACAGGUGAGAUAGAGACAGGGCAGGGUCUUCGUGAUGAGACGGGGGCAGAGCCCGGAGGAGGAGUAGAUUGGAAGAUGGAUGGAGGAGGAGAAGAAGGAGAGACUCUUAGCAGAGGGAGUAAUGAUGUUCCCACCUCCCUCCUCUCCCCCUUCUCUCCUACUCAAGAGGAGGAGGAUGUCACAGUGGGGGAGCAGAGUGGUGCUAAAGAGGAGGAUGAGGUCGGCAUGGACACCAGCGAGGUUGACCCACCGGAGGGCGAGGAGCUGAUCCUCAGGUGCUGAUACAAGGACCAAAUGAAAAGACGACACACUGAAGGACCAGCGCUGCAGCCAAUCAAAUUGAAUAAUGAUGAUGAUGUCACUGACAACACUUGGAUGAACUCGUUAAGACACAUUAGCCAGUGUGUUCUAGAACAGUGUGUUCUACACUGUAACUACUAUACCCUGACUGUUGGUAACCGUGGUAACCACCUUGUUCUAGAAUGCCACAGCAGCUGUUCACCCCCUCACUCUGGAACGCUGGCCUUAUGAACUGUAUGGAUUCUAGAGAAGCGGAUACAGAUGGUGCCCCAUUUAUUCCAGUGAAAGCUGGUCACCAGACACAUACUGCAAAAACAGGCUCCCUCAGGCUUUCCUUUGCAACUUCCAUCUGAUUCCCCACACAUAAAUAGCACAAAAGUACUCACUGAUCCUCAAGACUUAAAUGUUCAUUGGACUGAAAUGCUCAAAUUCUGAAGAAAGUAUUUAUGGUUUUACUGCCUUUUUAAAUUAUGUAUCUGUGAGGGAAAGAAAAAACUAUUGAUUGGGCCAGUGGCUGUCACAUGACCUGCAGUUCCAACUGUGGCCACAAUACCAAAAAUCACUUCACAGCCUAACACUGUUCUCUGGAACUUGACCGUUAGUUAUGUUACCAUGACUACCACUAUACCUUCAUCAAUGGCACCAUGUUGCCAUGGUAAUCACAUUUCACCUAGAGGGUGCAAGAGUGAAAGUUAUUCCUUGUUUUAUCCAAGUUUACUUUAUACUGAAUUCUUUGUGUCUUCAUGGCUUUAGCUCACUUGCUUAUAUUUUGCGCUUGACCUUGCCUCUGAACAAACGCUAUUUUGCUGCCAAGUCCUUACCUGUCCUGUUAACAUGUUCAUUAAUUCCUCUACUGGCUGUUUAGGCUGUUAAAGUGCAGUUUGUGACCAUCACUGGCACAAAGAACAGGUUGUUUAUAUGGCUUGCUAUAUACUAGCACAAGGAUACAUGCAUGAGCACCCCCAUAAUGGAAUGCACAUCCCCGCUGAUGGUCUCAAGCUAUUCAACGAAUGGCUGUUGACGGUAAUGAGGCUCAGGAAAGGUAGCAACAUUCAAAAAGCAAAGGGAAGAACUCUGCUAGUUGAUGUAAACACGGAUUUAAAUAAUCCGUAACUCAAUAAAACAUAACUUACUUAUUUCCAGAAAGACUCCACACCUUUAAAAACGCUGCCCAUAGUUUUGAAUUAACAAAAAGAAAAGACACAUACUAUUUGCUAAACACAGUAAUAUUCUCAGAAAACCUUCACCACAGUACUGUUGACGUUAGCAUCAGUCUCAGGUGGCAUAUGAGUCAAUCACAAGAGUCAGAGUUCAAGUCAGGUCAAUGGAUCACAAUAAAGUAAUGUAAAUGUAAUAGUUUUUGCAUUUAAAACAUCAGUAAUUUGUAAUAUAUCAUAUUUGCAGCUACAACUGCCACUCUAUGCUAAAUUACCAUCUCUGUUGUAGAGAUUUGACUAAUGUGGAGAGGCAGAACUCUGUUUAUCGUAUUUUAUAAUCACUUGUAAUGUCUUGACACACUGGAAAAAACAGAGCUUUACACCCUGUUGAUACAGUGGAAUGAGGUCGGGAUGUGGAGGUUGGAUUAUAGGCUUUUGUCCUCAACACAGAAGUGACUAUUUUAACUGACCAUCACCAUGAUGUUCCUGUAAAACAGCUUUAAUUCCCUAUUGCCUCAACCUUGCAUUGCUAAAUAUUUCUGACUUUAGUGUUAAAUAAAACGACUGUGUAAUGUGAAAGAGGGUAAAUGGUUAGGAUUUAGAGAUUUUUAGACUCUUUUACCUCCUAGUUUUGGUUUUGCAUACAGCACACUUACUAUAUGGUUCAGGUUUAGUGUUUCCAGCUGCAGAAAGCAGCUGUUUUCAGGAAACAAGCUUUCACACUCCCACUGUAAACGACCCAACCAGCACAGACAACAGUCAAACACAACUGUUUGACCAAACCAAAGCAGAAAGGAGAGUGAAUAGUGUUUGAAUGUAAUGUUAUGUUUAGCACAGUCUACUUAGAAUAUUUCAGAAACAUUAGAUGAUUCAUUAGCAGAUUUUCAGUUGUGACCAUCUAUCCCUAUAAUAUUCUGUAAAACUGAAAGAAACAGCUCGUAGCUGCUGUAGGUAUUUUGUUGUGGCCAUCAGAGAAGUCCUGAAGAAGGAGUCUGUUGUGUUUGUACUGUAUGUAAAGAGUGUAUAUGAGACCUGUUUGUAUAUGAAUGUAGGAGCAAAGCCAAGCGUGUCUGUUAACUUAAGAUACCCCAGACAAACCUGUGCAUACUGUCAGUUUCUUUUUAUUCUGUUGAGUAAAAACUAAAAAGGUAAUAUUUAGUUGGGGUAUUAGCUAAUGUGUCAAAUGUCAUAAGACCAAAGCAUCAAUAAAUUGUUUUAAGAGA